AUGGACCGUCUUUACUCUGCCGAUGAUCUGUACACGAUUCGGCAGAGAGAGGACGAACCAUUGAGAGAGUAUGCGGCGCGCUUCAGUCACGAAUACUCAAGGUGUCCGGAAACAGAUGAUAAGGCAGCCUACGGCGCCUUCAAAAGUGGCCUUCGGUCCUCGCAUUUUCGAUACCUGGUACACAGCAGCAACUGGCGCACGUAUGACGAACUGAUGAAGCAUGCAGCGGUGCACGCCAAGGCCGAGUACUUCAACUCGAAACCCAGUGUUUCGGCACGCCGAGAGGAUACAGAGCCAAACGCUUAUCCGGCAAAGACGCAGGCCUACGAGAGGGUCGACUCAUAUUCGACAGACCAUAAGCGGAAAGACAACCGUGCCGAUCGAAGAGAUCAGCUGAAGAAGGGAAAAGGGCGGUAUGGUCGCAACGACAACCGAGGACCCCUACCCAAUCGGGACCACGUCAACGAGGUCUUCACCCUGCUGAAUACCACCUAUGAGCACAACAGCCACAAUACGGAAAAUUGUAUAAGCCUGAGAAAGAUCGUGGAACGGUUGAUCCGAGAAGGGAGACUGGACCAGUAUAUCGCCCGGCAGCCACCGGCACCGGUGCCGAACCCCACUCGGCAGAUAAACAUGAUAAGCACUAUCAGCGGUGGCCCUACCGUUGCGAGAAUGAGUAACCGUUCGAUGCAACAGUAUGUGCACGCCGCACAGUUUCCUCAAGUAUUCGGCAUAGAGGUGAAUCGGCACGAGGAAGUACCAAAAGCUCACUGGGCACCGAUCACUUUUUGUAAAGAGGAAGAAGAGGGAAUCCUCUAUCCCCACGACGACCCGAUGAUCAUCCGAGCUGAAAUUGCCGACUACGAUGUAGGGCGAGUGCUGAUCGAUACUGGGAGUUCCGUGAGCGUGAUAUUUGCCGAAGCCUUCCGAGAGAAUCAGUGGCGACCAGGUCAACCGGCAGUUGACACCUUUGCUGAGUUUCUCUGGGGACCUGGUCCAACCGAUCGGUAG